UAAAGCCCAGUCGAAGAACAGAUCUUACAGCUGUAUAGGCAGCCGCAUUGAGGUCGCAAUUACGGUGCUGUUUUCUUUCAAUGCUAUAGUUAACAUUCAUCGUUGUUUCGUCGUCUUGUCUGACUAUUUAGAAGAAGCUCUGAUAAUCUUUUGACGUAAAGGAAGGCAACCGGAGCUCGCUAUGUUCAAUCCCCACACCCACCAACAGCAGCAGCAACAGCAGCAGCAAUUUCACCAGCACCUGCGGCAGCUACAACAACUUUUCCAGCAGCAGCCCCCGCCCCCGCCUCCACCGCCGCCUCCACCGCAGCAGCCGGCUCCGACUCACCAUGUCGGCCAUCACCAUCACCAGACACCGCGAGCCAUCCCCGUGCCUUCACAUACCACGCCUCCUCCUCCUAGAAUGGUCAACCUGUGCCAGGCAUCCCAGACCACCAUAAUCAGCCCCAAUCCCAUGCUGCAGGGAGCCUUAAUGAUGCAGCAAAUGCAGGGUAACAUGCGGGGCUUUGGGAUGGCCGGACAGCAAUUCCGUCAAUUCUUCACAGCGGCAAACAGGUCUCUGUUGGGGCCGGUUCCAAUUGGCAUGGCGAUGAAGUCACCCGUCAUGGGUUUCCCCGCUCCUGCUUGGUCCUACCACCCUCACCCGCGCUACUACAAUAAUGCCAUACACGCCACCAACGCGGCCGUCGCCAGCGCAGCCACCACCACUAGUGCGGCCACCGCCUCUUUGGUUACCACUACCAGCACGGACAAGAAGAGUGAUAGCGAGCAGAUGGCGGAUGAAAAUACAGCUGAGAUUGCAGGAGUAAGCAAGGCCGGGGAGACUGAAACAGAUGAUGUUGCGGAAUGGGCGGAGGGAACUGAGCAGAGCUUUGAGGAACAUCUUGAAGAACCUACGUCAAAGAGGCAGAGAAUGGAAGAAGGAUCAGAAGAACCUCAAGAGGAUGCCGUUCUCACCACUGCAGAUUCUGAUGGCAAUAUUCUCUCCAUAGAAUGUAACACACAAGGCAGCCAGCUUGAUGACUGCCUCCUUCCUACACUGGGCUCAGAAAUGGAGGAUAGCCACGCCACCGAGAUGGCUGAUGGUGAGCCGUCAGACAAACAGGAAGCGGAAGGCAACGCUGCAGAAGGUGCCAACAAGUUCUACUGCUACCUCUGCACCGUCACCUGCCAUAGUCAGGAAAACUUCCGGAGUCAUAUGAACAGCGUUUCCCACCAGCAGAGGAUGAUGGAGAUUCAGCACAUGAGCAACGCCUGCCUGGUCACACUGCUGCCGCGACUGCACGAGACCCUACAGGGGACCAGUAAAGACGGAGACAAAAAAGUAGACAGGCAGCGUUGGUGUGGAACCUGCUGCGCUCACUACUCCACCAGCAUCUCGGACCAUCGGCGCACAGCGGAGCACAAAGUUGCGAGCCGAGCGGUUGUGUCAUCCUGCAGCCUCUGCAAGAAACACUUCAGGAGCUCCAAGAUAUUUGUGGCUCACUUGCAGUCCCAGGAACACCGUCAAAGAUUAGAGAAGCUUCAGGAGAACGAGAGCUCUGGCACCUCAUCCAAGCUGCUGGACAUCGACGGCUUUGAGAUGGAAGAAGAAAAGGACGUGGUGGAUGACCGACCUGACUCGGAUGAAGAAGACUCCCCUGAGACCCAGGAUGGAUCGAGCUCGUGUAGAGAGGUGACGCUACAGGACAUGACGAGUGACGAGCAGUAUGAAGCCGACACGGUCUACGGGUCCAGCUUCUUUGUGCCAGUGGCUGGUUUCAUCUGCCGACUCUGCAACAAAUUCUACCAUUUUGACUCGUCGGCUUUACACACACACUGCAAGUCCCUCAAGCACUUUGAAAACCUCAAGAGACACAAAGAAUCGUUGGCUGAAAAAUGUGACAACACUGAAAACAGCAACCACGGGAUUUUGACGGGACCACCCACAGACUCCCCGGGAGAAGAUAGCGGAGGGUCAGUUUCAAAUAUCAGCAGUUCACUCGGGACAGAAAACCUGCUCCAGGACAAAGCAGAGGAGCCCAACACUUGUCAAGCGUCGAACGCUCCGUCCGAGCUCCUCGCUGACAGCACAGAUCCGCCAAACUCCGCUGACAACACCAAUGAAGAAGACGACGAGGAAAAUGCUUUGCAGAAGCCUAACAUUAGACGGAGGUCCAAAAGAGCCAGUAACAGACGUUGAACAGUAACAGACGUUGAACGAUGGGUGAGAGACUUUUUUUUUUUUUUCCUCUCCAUCAAGUUUCAAAUUCAAUGGCGUAUGACAAGAAAGUUGGACAGCACAAUUACAAGGUGAGACAAAUUAGCCCAAACCCAUUGAGAUAUUAAAAUAUUAAACAUAUGUUUAGGACAUUUGUUUUAGUCACACCUUAAAGGGGGCCUUCCAGCAUAAUUUUUCCCUGUGCUUUAUACCGGUUUAUUUUAUUUUUUUAAUCAGACUAAAGUGUACAUUUAGAAGCAGCUGAGGAACAGCUCCAUCCCUACUGCAGUGCACUCUGAAGUAUAUUUGUAGCAUAAGUGAAUAAUGUGCCAAACACAGCAUAAUUCUGGACCGACCGCUGAAUUGAAUUCUAACAAAGUGAAAUGAAGCCACACUGAAGAGAGGCAGCCAAAAACUACUCACAUUGAUGCAGCCAUCACUUGUGAAAAGCUGUUUUUUUUUAGAUUAAAUUGAGCACAACGCGCACCGCAUCUGACUUCACUGAACGACUUCUUUUCUCCUCCAUUUUUUUGUUUGCCAAGCAAUUAUUUUAUUUUUGGGCUAUAGUUUUAUUUACUUUAUUUUGGUUUUAUCAUGUGACCCGUUUGAAGGCUAAAUGCCUCUUCUACAAGACCUCAAAUAGAGAUUGGAAGCUUUCAUUGAAGUCAGGUACGAUUUACAGACUUUGAAACCAGCCUCUCGCGAACAAGCUAAAGCCACCGAAAUGCCAUUUGCUGUAAAACUGAGACGACCGCUUCAUCGUUUGAAAUCAAGGCUGCUCGAAUGUCAUGGUGUGUUUUCACGUUGGACCAUCAGUGUUUGUUAAAGACAUUUUGCUAACACGUUCCUGUGGACGUUUUAAGUGAUGUGUUGAUAUUUGGUGGAAGAAGAAAAAAAAAAAAAAGUUUAACACAGUUUCUUUCAAGCAAACAUGUUUUGUUUAUUUUGGCUUCAUUUUUUUUUUAUUAUUCUGUUCUUAAGGUUCUAAUGCAUCACUUCAUCCUCAACUGUCCCACAAACAUUUCAUCCUCAUUUAUGGUUAUUUAGAGUCAUCAAGUCUUGCUCACACAUGUAGCAAAGCUUGACAUCACCAUGGUGACUUAGCACAUGACUAGCAAAAGGGUUUUUUGUUUGUUUCUCAAGACUGUGUUUUUAUUCAGCUACUGACAAAAGUGAAAUCAAGACUUAAUGUUUUCUAAAAUGUAUUUUUCCCGAUGUCAUUUUAAUUUAUAUUAAAACAGCCCAACAAUU